ACUUGUUCCUAUUAUUGUUUAAAAACUGUGUUAUCAUUACUUAGAGAAGUCAACCAUUUAUUUUUUUAUAAAUGUUUAAAAUAUAGCAAAAUUUAGUAUUAUUGACACCAAGUUGGUGCGAAGGAUGUGGGAAAAUAAGUUCUAUUAAUAAACGGCUUGAAAUGGCAGAAAUUUGUUCCUGAAAAAAAUCAAUACUAACCAACGCAGAACGUUGCAUAUAUUUCCGGUCAUCGCAUCUCUCAUUUAAUUAUAUUAACACGAAUUUAUUUUAUAAUGAGCUGCUAUCGUCCACGGGGAACCCUAGCACGGGCCAUCUUUCAAAAGUAUCACAAUGAUCGUUCUUUGGAAGAACUUGAUACCAGACUUUGGUAUACAACUAAUCAUGAACUACCUCCGAAAUUUCAAAACAAAUUCGUACCACUGCUGCAACCAGAUGAAUCGACCAUGCGUUGGCUGGAACGUGCCAAAGUUCUUUCGACAAAUAUUUGGCUACACAUAUGGCACGCUGUGGCACGAGUUGUCUUACAAUUCUUCAUGACGCAGACUGACAUAAAUGGCUAUCUGAAUCGUGGUUCAAUGUUUAUACUAUCGGAACAGCAGUUUGGAAGAUUACUCAUUUCUGGUGGCUUUGACGUGGAAUCUUAUGAUACUGUGCAUUGUUUGGAUAUUGGUGCUGGUGAUGGUGAAAUUACCGUGCGCUUGGUUAAAUCUAUGCAGAACUUGCAUCCGCUGUGUAAAAUUCAUACAUUUGCAACAGAAACUAGUUGGACAAUGCGUGAACGCUUGAAAAGCAGAAACUUUAGUAUACUUGAACGUAUAAACGAAGUACAAAAUGUUCAAUUGAUAUCGUGCUUAAACGUAUUAGAUCGUUGCAUUGAUCCAAUAGAUCUUUUGGAAGAAAUUUACAAUGCAUUAGCGCCAAAUGGACGAGUGAUUUUAGCUCUUGUCUUACCCUAUGUACAUUAUGUAGAAAUGAAUUCGUCCCAUAUGCCACUACGGCCAUUACUUAAACACUGGCCGGAGCGAUCUCAACAAUUGAGUUUUGAAGCAGAAGCCGUUGCGUUUUUUGAAUUACUGGAGAGUAUGGGAUUUCGCGUUGAAGCUUGGACUAAAGCACCUUAUCUAUGUGAAGGCGAUUUAAGGCAAUCAUUUUAUUGGCUAGUAGAUAUUGUAGUUGUACUAUCAAAAAAACCUUUAGAUAAUAAUCUUUAAUUAAUUAUAUAUGAAUUUAUGUAUGUAAUUAAUACGAAUGUUCUCAAAUGAAAAUACUUUAGGUAAUAAAAGGGUUUGUUGUAUUAAAUA